AAAAAAAAUUAAAAUUAAAUAAAAUAAAAACAUAUAUAUAUAAAUACAUACAAAUUUGUAAUAGAUCAUCAUCUUGAUAGUAAUAAUGUAUGUCGAAAUAAUUAUGUGUUUCUUACAGGGGUCAUGUCCUUCUAGAAGAUUUUGUUGUUAUUUUUCACCAUGGUUGAGGUUCACCAUCAUCGCCAUAAUUUCGAGCGCCGCCGCCGCCGUCAUACGGCUGCCGCCGAACAUGUCGAUUCCGGCGGCAUUUGUGUUCGGAGAUUCCAUUGUCGACACCGGUAAUAACAAUUACAUCGCCACCAUUGCCAAGUGCAAUUUCCCACCUUACGGCCAGGACUUCAUCGGAGGGAUGCCCACCGGGAGAUUUUCUAACGGGAAAGUUCCCGCCGACCUUUUAGUCGAAGAAUUAGGCAUUAAGCCUCUUCUUCCUCCGUACCUCGACCCAUCCUUGACGAGUGAAGAUCUUUUAACCGGUGUGAAUUUUGCGUCUGGAGCUGCUGGAUACGAUCCUUUAACCUCAGAAUUAUCGACAAUCUUGUCAUUAGAUGAUCAAUUAAAAUUGUUCAAAGAAUACAUUUCGAAGAUUAAAGUGAUUGCCGGAGAAGAAAGGGCGACGAAGAUAGUGAGCGACAGUAUAGUUGCCGUAGUUGUCGGAAGCAACGAUAUUACAAAUACCUAUUUUCUUACACCUUUUCGUAAAGCUCACUAUGAUAUUUCUUCCUACACCGACCUGCUAAUCGGCUAUGCUUCAAAGUUUGCCCAGGAACUCUACGAAGUCGGGGCACGGCGAAUCGGUGUUUUUAGUUUGCCACCGGAGGGAUGUUUGCCGUCGCAAAGAACACUACGCGGAGGACCCGAGAGAAAAUGCGUAGACGAGUUCAAUGAAGCCGCGCAAUUGUUCAACCAAAAGUUAGCCGUUAAGUUGGGCUCGAUGAAUGCCGAAUUCCCCGAUGCUCGAUUCGUCUACAUUGAUAUAUACAACCUUCCUCUCGACAUCAUUAACAAUCCUAAAAAAUACGGAUUUACAAUUUCGGACAAAGGAUGUUGCGGGACAGGGACAAUAGAGGUGACAUUGAUAUGCAAGUACGCGUGCUCGAACGUGUUGGAUCAUGUCUUUUGGGAUAGCUUUCACCCAACUGAGAAAGCUUAUAGGAUUCUUGUCCGUACGCUACUUACUAGAUGUAUCGAUAAUUUUUUGUCCGCACGAUCAGCCUGUUAAUUUAUUUAAUUUCAAAUGUGCAUGCUAAAGCAAAAGAUUCAUUCGAUACAAAAUAAUAAUAAUAUUAUUAUUA